AUGGGUCUACUUGAUUUGCCCACGGAAUUAUUGCUGUUAAUAGCGUUAUUUCUGACAUCAAAAACAGAUAUCAACUCGCUAUGUCGGGCCAGUAGCUCGUGCUAUGCUAUUCUUAAUUCAUACCUCUAUCGACACAACCAUAGGAAUGGCCAGAGUUCUGCAUUAAAGUGGGCUGCCGAAUACGGGAAUGAGGGUAUUGAAUUCGAAAACUACAAACAUUCAAAAAGAUUUUUAAAAUUAGGCCUAGUCUCGCUAGCUUCGGCCGCAGAACACGGGCACGAAGCAGUGGCCAAAUUGCUUCUUAAGUAUGGAAAUAUGGAUGUUAUUUCUCUAAUAAAUGAGGAUCAGAGGGGACUCGUGUCAGAAACAGAGAGAAUAUGGGAGAAUGCACCGCUGUUCUUUGCUACAAUGUAUAGGCAUGAAGCAGUUGUGAAGCUCCUGCUCGAGAAUACAAAUGCGAAGGUAAACAUUAGGCCUUUUAACGGAAAACGCUGCUGCACGAAGCUGCAUUCUAUGGGUAUGCAGCAAUUGUAA